CAUCAAUGCUGUAAAUCAGGGAAGGGCCAUAUUGUGUCCAGUGGAGGUAUUAAAUGUCCUGGGCCCAGCAUUGGUGAGAAUAAACAUGGCCUCAGGGUUAGUGGUCAGUAGGAUGAGGAGUGGUGCCCCCAUCAUUGGUGUCAUUGGUAGGAAUAGCGCCCCAUCAUUGGUGUCAGUGGGAGGACUAGCGCCCCAUCAUUGGUGUCAGUGGGAGGACUUGCGCCCCAUCAUUGGUGUCAGUGGGAGGAAUAGCGCCCCAUCAUUGGUGUCAGUGGGAGGAAUAGCGCCCCAUCAUUGGUGUCAGUAGCGCCCCAUCAUUGGGAGGAAUAGCGCCCCCCCAUCAUUGUCAGUGGGAAGAAUAGCACCCCAUUAUUGCUGUCAGUGGGAGGAAUAG